AUGAUUCGCUCUAUUGAGGAAGAAGACAAGCCUGCGAAGAGGGGAAAGAAAUCAGAAACGCAAAAGGAGGUGCGAGUCACUAAACCAGUUAAGGGGCAAACUCCCAAGAAGCGAAAGUCCAACAAAACUGCUCCUUCACAGCCUAAGCAGAAGAAGAUGAAAAAUACAAACAGGAGACUCAUUCUUCAAUCCUCUAGCGAUUCGGAUUUUGAGUAUGUUCCUCCUGGUAACAAACCUCCUACUCCAACAGAAUCAGAGAGCAAAAGCUCUAACAAGGAGGCUUCGCCUCGUGGUGAUACACCGCCUAGAUCACCAACACCUGAGGUACCAGUUCCUUCUUCUCCACCUGCUACAAUCCCCAUUUCAUUACCAGCAACCUUCCUAGUUAUUACAUCCCAACCUACAUCUACUAUUCCCAUUCCCAAUCCUAUCUUCUCCGACGCAACCAAAACCGCCACCACUGGAGCUCAAACCAACGUAUCUGAUACGAGGGUCCUUUAUAGUGUUCAAAGUGAUGAAGACGAUGAUGCUCCUCUUAACAAAAAGCAUCUCAAGGAGGUGAGUGCCAAACUUGAUACUAUCAUAGCCUCUUCUUCCUCUCACACUCCUAAUUCUGAAUCUGCUAUUCAGAAAAUGCUUGACUCUUUUGUCAUAGCUCAUGAGGCUUCCAUCUCUCGUGCCACAGAAUCCAUUAAUACUUCCACCAAAGUGUCUAUAGAAGCGACCGAAAAAGUCGAUAAACUAAUUCAAGACGCUAACAUUCUUCUUGAGUCCUUACAGGGAUCCACUGCCUCAAAUGCUUCUAAAGUGACCAACUCAAUAACCAAGCUUGAAGAAGCCUUUGCUGCUGAGAAGCAAAAUUUUGUCCAUCUUCGCCAGGAUAUUCAAAAGGACAAUGCUGGUCUUCUUUCCUCUCUCAACGAGUGUCUUACCAAGCUUCAAGAUGACCUCGCUAUGGAAAACUCCCUGGUGGAUGAACUUGCUCGCAAGACAACUCAACUCAAGACCAAAAAUCUUCAACUUUCUCAGGCGAACAACGAGGUCACUCAGCUUCGCUCUGAAAGAGUUGUUGUCAAGAGCUGUGUCUCCGACAUUCACGCAAUUCUCUUAGGCGUUUUGGAGGCUCAUGACCCUAUUCUGACUAUUUCUAUUCGACGCCAUCUUUCUGACAAAUUAUGUCCUUCCCUUGGGAUGUUGAGUCGCAUUGAAGGUGUUUACGAGGCGGUGCUACCUCCGAAACAAGGGGGAGAAGGACUCACAUCGUCAUCUCAACCUCCUCUCACUUCCCAGCCAGAAAUACAGAAGCCUGAGCAUUCUACAGGUUCGGGUCCUAAGGGUAAAGGCAAAGGUCCAAUAGUGGAUGACAGCGAUGAGGAAGAGGAAACAAUUGUUGAUGCCUUGAAGUGA